AUGUUUUCUUCAAAUGAGAAUGAGAUUAUUAAUGUAUCAAUUUUGUCAAAUGAUAAAUUUUCUAAAGAACCUCAAUCAUUACGUGUAAAUAAUACUGUUUCUGUGUCAUCAAAAGCUGAUUCAUAUGUGAAAGGAGCAUUAUCAUCGUCAUCAAAAGUGAACAAACGUUAUAUUACGAAAUUCAAAAACGAAUGGUUGUCUUAUCUCAAAUUUUCUAUAUUUUUACGAGAAUGUAAAACAGAUCCAGCAAAAACGUUUGCUGUUAAACCUCGCAUCCUUGAAUUUAUUGAACAAGUACAUGAAUCAGUUGGUGCUUUAUUUGAGAAUAUAAAAUAUAUACUAGAAGUUAAUCAACUAAAACUAAGUUUAUUUGUUUCAGCUGGAUCUGAUAAUACUAACUGCACAACUGGUGUUAAUCUUCAUAAUAUUAUUACAACUUCGCUUCAUAAAUUAAAUAAUCGUGUACAUGAUGAUUUUUUUGAUCAUAAAGUUGAUCAAUUAUUAAAAAAAAUUCGAUGUCCAGUUGAAGUCAAUAAUUUAAAAGAAUCAUUUAGAUUGUUAACUAGAACACUUAUUAAUUAUAUUGAAACAUAUUAUAAUACUAAAACAACAAUAAGUAACGAAGAAACUUUAUGCGAUGAUUGUGAUGUUGAAAAUAAUUCUAAUGACGAAGAUGAUGAUGAUGAUGAAUAUGAUGUUAAAUGUCGUAAAGAUAAAACAAGAGAUCAAUUUAUUACAAGUAAUCAUUUAUGGUCUUAUCUACUUGUUGGUGAAAAGGUACUUAAUUUAAAAAAAUUAAUUCAAUUUGUUUUUGUUAUUCCGACUUCAAAUUCAUUUUGUGAAUCAAUUGUUAGUCAUACCAUAUAUACAAAGGAUACUAAUCGAAAUAAAAUGCAACACGAUUUAAUUGGAGCUGAGUUAAACAUUAAAAUGAAUACUGAUCAUAUUUGUACACAGUUUUAA